AUGAAUUUACAACAACUGUGCAAUGACAGGUUCAAGGAGACACAUGUGCUCUGCGCCUCUAACCGGCAACCGGUUAAGACAAAAAUGGCGAAUCAUUUCUGGUAUCGAUUUAAAUGGUCGACUGAACUGCCCCAAGAUAUAUUCGCCGGAAUCGUUUUGCUGUUGAAUUCUCAUGUGCAUGAAGCCCUUGGCACUCCUGACAGGAAGGAAAAUAAUAGACGGAAAGUUUAA